GUGUUACAGCAAGCCUUGACUCAACAUACCACUUCCAUUUGAUUUGAUAUGCAAUUUCAAAACCUCUGAUUUUUAGUGAAGAAAAGUAUCUAUUUAGAGUAUUUCAUAAUCUAAAAGUGUUGAAAAUUCUUCUAUAUAGUGUGUUCCAUUAUAUAAUUUGAUGGUUAAUCUAAAUUAAAUAAUUUUAAAAUUCAAAUAUCUUUGAAGAUUUUCUGAGCAGAUAACUAUUCAUCAUGUAUAAUCCAUCUCGAGGAGGUGUUCGUGGAGGAGCUGAUCAGUUUACAUGGGAAAGUGUGAAGACAGAUAAACAUAGAGAAAACUAUUUAGGCCAUUCACUUAAAGCUCCUGUGGGUCGAUGGCAAAAAGGAAAAGAUCUUUCCUGGUAUGCUAAAGAAAGAAAGGAUACUGAAGAUGCUAAAAUUGCAGACAAAUCAGAACUAGCAGCCAUUAAAAGGGCAGAACAGGAAGCCAUGUUGAUUGCUUUGGGCCACAAUGUUAUCAGAAAAGAAAAUCAAUCCCUUACAAAAGAGGAAAUGACAGAAGCUUUGAAAAGAAAUAUUGGUGAUCGAGAUCAGUUAAAUAUUGAAAGAGUGGAUGGUGUAGGUGCUAAAGGUGGCAGAACUUCUCUCCUAACAGCUUCUAGAUCAAAAAAUGAGGGUGUUACAUUUCAUCAUUGUGAGGGUGAAACACAUAAAGAUAGAGCUGCUCUUAAUGAAAAUUCAAAAGAAGAGUCUCCAUCAAAUAGAAGGUCAAAAAGUAAGAAAAAAUCUAAAAAACACAAAAAAGAGAAGAAAAAGAAAAGUCAUUAUAAAGAUGAUUCUGAUGAUUCAGAAAAUGAACUUUCUAAAAGGGAAUAUAGAAAUGACAGAUCUAAGAGAGAUCACAAGGCCGAUGAUUCUGGAGAUGAAACAUCUUUAAAACAUCGACACAAGAAAGAAAAGAAAUCGAAAAAAAGACAUAACUCCAGUGAUUCUGAUAAAUAUCAAAUCAAAUCAUCUUCUAAAAUGAAACAUAGAAAUGAAGAAACUAAGAAAAGACAUGAUACUGAGGAAUCUAAUGAAUCUGAAGAUGACUCAAAUCACAAACAUAAACAGAGAAAAGAACAAAAGAGAAGACAUGACACAAGUGAUUCAGAUGAACAUUCAAAUUCAGAUUUAAGUAAAAGGCAGAAAAAAGAAAAAUUAAGCACAAAACAUUACAGUAUGUCUGAUAUUGAAUGUGAUAAUCGUUCUAAAACAAGAGAGGAAUAUACAAUUUCUAAAAAAGAAAGUGAUUGUUACAAUCUUAAUAGUUCAAAAUAUGAAAAGAAAUCGAAAUAUUCUCAGCGAAAUUCAGACGAUUCUGAGAAUGAAUAUCAUGAAAAUAGGAAAGAAAAUUAUAAAAGGCGAGAUCAUGAAGCUCAUGCUAAAAGACUGCGACAUGAUUCUUCUGAAAGUGAUUGAUUUAUAUUUUUGUUGCUAAAUGAAAAUUUAUUUUACAUCAGCAUAGAAAUAAACAUUAAUUACAUAUUUUUUAUUGAAGAUUUCAUGUGGCCUUUUCAGUUUAACUAUUUUUGAAUUUAUAAAUCAAUAGAAAAAAAUGUUUAAAAAUAUUUUUUAAUUGUUUACAAAACAUGAAUGUUUGUACAUAAUAAAAAAGAAGUGCU